UGCCACCCCCCCGUGUCCCCCCCCCACCCCGGGGUGGCCCCGUGGCGCCCCCUGACCCCGUCCCCGCGCCCCCCCAGGGGAGAAGGUGAUGUCGGACGACGAGUUCACGCAGGACCUCUUCCGCCUGCUGCAGCUGCUCUGCGAGGGGCACAACAACGACUUCCAGAACUACCUGCGCACCCAGACGGGCAACACGACCACCAUCAACAUCAUCAUCUGCACCGUGGACUACCUGCUGCGCCUGCAGGAGUCCAUCAGCGACUUCUACUGGUACUACUCGGGGAAGGACGUCAUCGACGAGCAGGGGAAGCGCAACUUCUCCAAGGCCAUGGCCGUGGCCAAGCAGGUCUUCAACAGCCUCACCGAGUACAUCCAGGUGAGACCCCCGCCGUCCCCUUGUCCCCAGGGUCCCCAUGUCCCCAGGGUCCCUGUGUCCCCAGGGUCCCGGUGUCCCCGGGGUCCCGGUGUCCCCAGGGUCCCG